CGCAGGGACACACACGCGUGUGCGCGGCGCAAAGGGACCCAGACACGCGUGUGCCGGUGCGCGCACAGAGCUUCAUCGCUCCGCUGUAGCGCGUGGGCGCAGGGACGCGUGUGACACACCGAGGCGCUCUGUCCCUCUGCAUCAUCCAUCCUGAGCACGGUGGAGGCACAGGUCCCCAACGCCACGGGGUCAUCGGGCUGCGGCCCCGUCCCCGUGGCGGUGCCGGUGGUGGCGGUGCCCAACGGGCCCCCCCCGGCCCCCCCAACAGCCGACGACAGCAAAACCAACCUGAUCGUCAACUACCUGCCCCAAAGCAUGAGCCAAGAGGAGCUGCGGAGCCUCUUCGGAAGCCUCGGAGAUAUCGAGUCCUGCAAGCUCGUCCGCGACAAAGUCACCGGGCAGAGCCUGGGCUACGGCUUCGUCAACUACGUUGAGGCAGGUGACGCGGACAAGGCCAUCAGCACCCUUAACGGCCUCAAGCUGCAGACCAAGACCAUCAAGGUGUCCUAUGCGCGACCCAGCUCGGCCUCCAUCCGUGACGCCAACCUCUACGUGAGCGGUCUCCCCAAGGCCAUGGGGCAGAAAGAGAUGGAACAGCUCUUCUCCCAGUACGGCCGCAUCAUCACCUCCCGUAUCCUCAUUGACCAAGUCACAGGUGUCUCACGGGGAGUGGGCUUCAUCCGCUUUGACAAGCGCGUGGAGGCGGAAGAGGCCGUCCGGGGGCUCCACGGGCAGAAACCGCUGGGUGCCGCCGAGCCCAUCACCGUCAAGUUUGCCAACAGCCCAGGCCAGAAGUCGGGGGGUGCUCUGCUCAGCCUCUGCCCCAGCGCCCGCCGCUACGGCGCCCUGCACCACCCUCCCCAGCGCUUCCGGCUCGACAAUUUGCUGAACGUGGCCUACGGCGUGAAGAGCCCGCUGUCGCUGCUGCCCAGGUUCUCCCCGUUGGCCAUCGAGGCGGUGCCUGGGUUGGCCGGCGUGGGCCUGGGGGCCCCCGCUGCCGGCUGGUGCAUCUUCGUCUACAACCUGGCGCCCGAGGCGGAUGAGAGCGUCCUCUGGCAGCUCUUCGGGCCCUUCGGCGCUGUCACCAACGUUAAGGUCAUCCGCGACUUCGCCACUAACAAGUGCAAGGGCUUUGGUUUUGUCACCAUGACCAACUACGAGGAGGCAGCCAUGGCCAUCGCCAGCCUCAACGGCUACCGCCUGGGCGACCGCGUGCUCCAGGUCUCCUUCAAGACCAGCAAACAGCACAAGGCCUGAGCCUCAUCCUUCUGUGCCCUGGGUUGGGUCCCCUCGUGCCACCACGUCCAUGGGGGGACCUCCACAAGCACCAAGGACGAUACCUGGAGACCAUGAAGAAUCCCCAUGGACACCUGGAGACCCUCUCCAUGGGCACCAAGGUUGCUAUGGGGACACCUCACCCCGGCACCAAGGACGCUGUGGGGAACUUCCCACCCUGGAGAACUUGGGGAGCUCCUCCAUGGGCACCAAGCACACUAUGGGGACACCCGAAGGACAGCGUGGACACUGAGGACGCCUCCACCUCUCUGUGAGACAUCACGGCCACCCUGAGGACUCCCCUGGUGCCCCAGAGCUCUUGGACGCUCUUGGUGGGGUACGGAGAUGCUGAGGGCACCCCCGAACAUCCUCCUGCCCCACCACCCUGGAAAGACUGGGGAACCUCCAGGCACUCCAAAACCCCAGGAGAUCAUGAAGGAGCCCGAAUACAGUUGGGGGUCCCCUCCAAAGCCCCCAGGAACACCAUGGGCACAUGAAGGUGCCCCCCAAAACCUGCUGCACUCCUCGGGGCAGAAGCCCCCGUGCCGGAGAGGCCGUGUGCCCCCAGAACAGGUAGAAGUUGGGGGGGGGUCCCUCCGGGGCCGCGGGUUCGAGUCCCGGGGGGGGUCACGGGUUUGAUUCUGGCGGGCUGUGGGUUCGAAUCCUGGUUCCGGCUGCUGCCCCGGGGGCACCGGAGCCACCCCGGUUUGUCCCCAGGUUGGGGCCAAACUGGGGCCGUACCCCCUUCCCGUCUCAUCCGGGAAUCCGGGCUCUCAGCACACUCUCUGCCUCCUCUUUUUUUUUUUUCCCCCAUUUCUUCCUUUUUUUCCGGAGGGGGAAUUUCCUUUUGGAGAAAGAGCGAACAGUAACAAAUAAUACGUGGGCUUUGUAUGAACCUCGUGAAGUUUAACGAGGCCAAACGGAAGGUCCUACCCUGGGUCGGGGCAAUCCCCGGUUUCACUACGGAAUGGAGGAUGAUGGGAUUGAGAGCAGCUCUGCAGAGAAGGACUUGGGGUGUUGGUUCAGGAGAAGCUCAACAUGAGCCGCAAUGUGCGCUCGCAGCCCAAAACGCCAACGGUGUCCUGGGCUGCACCCAGAGCAGCGCGGGCAGCAGGGAGGGAGGGGGUUCUGCCCCUCUGCUCCUCUCUGGGGAGACCUCAUCGGGAGGAUUGGGUCCAGUUCUGGAAUCCUCAACAGAAGAAAGAGAUGGAACUGUUGGAUCGGGUUCAGAGGAGGCUCCAAGGGUGAUCCGAGAGCUGGAGAACCUCCCACCCAACUGGGAGAGUUGGGGUUGUUCAGCCUGGAGAGGAGAAGGCUCCAAGGAGGUCUUACAGCGACUUUCCAGUACCUGAAGGGGCUCCAGGAAAGCUGGAGAGGGGCUGUUCCCAAAGGCUUGGAGUGAGGGCCAACGGAUAUAAACCGGAGAGGGGCGGAUUUAGACUCGACGUAACGAGGAACGUCUUCACCAUGAGGGUGGGGAGGCCCUGGCUCAGGGUGCCCCGAGCAGUGGUGGUGCCCCAUCCCUGGAGGGGUUCCAGGCCAGGUUGGAUGGGCUUUGGGCACCUGAUCCCGCGGGAUAUCCCUGCCCGUGGCAGGAGGGUUGGAAUUAGGCGAUCUUUAAGGUCCCUUCCAACCCUGACUGUUGUGAUUCAAUGACGAAGGGCAGUGAGGAGAGAGCCCGAGGCAGCGAGCAGGGGCUCCGCGGGAGGACAGCCGCAAUCCGUCUGUUUUUGUAAGCGAAGGUCAAAUGGAAAACCAAAAAACUUUUUUUAAAGAAAGAAAAACCCCUCUGAAGUGGCCUCGAAAGGCCCUUUGAGAGGGAGGUGGUGAGAGGGUGGGAAUCCCUCCGUGCUCCCCACCCCGCGUUGUGUGGAUGCAGAGAUUGAGAGCCCCAAUCUUGGUCACCACGUGUUUGGAGGGGGUCGAUGGCCCUAAAGUGCCAUCGAGUUGAGGCUCCUGGGGGGGGGGGUGUGUGUCCCGCUACGCCCGAACCCCAAGUACGGCCAAAGUGGGGGGCGCGGGUGUUCUUGCCCACCCUGCCCUGUCCCAAUCCUUCUCACAAUACCCCCAAAAUGGGCAGAUUUUUCCACCCCCCAACCUUCUCGGCUCGCUGGGGUCCGUAUUUUGGCUUGAAGGACAGAACCCCCACCAACAACCCCCUCCAUCCCAGCAGGCUGUGUCCCCCAUAGCAGCCCCAUCCUCCUAUUAUUAUUAUUAUUAUUAUUAUUAUUAUUAUUAUUAUUAUUGCUGCUGUUGUCGUUACUGUUAUUAUUACUAUUGGUAUUAUUGUUUAUUUUCUCCAUCGGGAUAAUUUCUUCUUCUCAGCGAUUUCAGUUCCUAUUUAUUUCCAAUUCUUCACUGGCUUUCUCCUGCCCUGCGGACCCCCCCCGGACCUUCUGGGUCCCCUCCCGCCCCGGUCCCCCUGCGUGUUGUGCCCCUUUGCAGCUUCGUGUGGUUUUUAACUUCUUGUUAAUGUAAAUAUUUAUUACUCCCCCCCUUCCAUCCUCACGCGCAUCCCUGGGAGAGGGGAGGGAUCCACCUCAACCCCCCCCUCCCUGAGGUCUGAACCCCCCCAGGGUGGCUCAACCCCGGGGAGCCCCGUCCUGGGGAUCCAGGCGACCCCCAUGAGAUGGAUGGGCCAAGGGGGGGCCCCCAAGUUCAGUAGCAAUAAGAGCUGCACCCCAAGGAAGAGGGAGGGGGGCGCUGCCUUGGCCCCCGCUGUCGGUCUGGAGGAACCCAACAUGGGGACAAAGCUCCUCCGUGCGAAAAGGACUCUUUGUACUUUU